AUGUCCAAGUGCUGCGGCUGCAUCGGCGUCUGCGCGAUCACCGAAGCGUAUCAACCGCUAAACACUCACACCCACUCGCGCGAUAUCGUUCAAGAAACGUUCAGAAACGGCAGGGAGGUCCUGAGAAGUCCAAAAGAUCGUCGCAGGAAGCCUAGUGUUCGCUAUGACGUCGUGAGGACUCCCGGAAGUGACAGCGAGCAGUCACAUCGCCAUCUGCCUGGGACUCUGCGAGGCUCCCUGAACCAUACACACAAUCAUCACCACAAUCAUCCCCACAGACAUGAACUACCACCGUCGACGUACUUCGCACCCCCACCGCCACCACCAGCGUCGAGUUACAUCACGGUGCAGCGCGGCUGCGCUCUGCAUUCGAGGCUCGACCAGCCGGUGACCAGCUCUACGCCCGGAAUGGACAAGAAAAAGAUUGUCCAGUCGAACACACCGCCCGCCGUACCGGUUCAGGUACGCAGCAAACACGAUGGCUCGGGGGUGGCGGCUUCCGUAUCGGGGGUGCGUAGGCGGAGCGGUCCUCAAGGCGGUUUACGUUCGCCCGCCGCGAAAAGGCCCCUCUCCGCUCCGGUUGCACUGCAAGGGUGGUUGCACAAACAAGGUUCGGAGGGUCUUAUGCUAUGGAAAAAGCGUUGGUUCGUUCUCUCCGAGUACUGCCUCUUUUAUUACAAGGGUCCAGAGGAGGAGAAACUGCUUGGUUCAAUAUUACUACCUUCGUACAGAGUUACCGUCUGCAAACCCGAAGACAAAGUCAACAAGAAGUUUGCCUUCAAGGCCGAACACGCGAACAUGAGGACUUAUCACUUCGCGGCUGACAGCCGGGAGAGUAUGAACCAGUGGGUGAAUGCUCUGACUCUGGCAACGCUUUUGCAAGAUCCUAACCCUGGCAUGGGCGAGGCCGCGGUAGUCAUCGAAAUAGCGCAGGAUGGUGAACGAAGUGCUCGACCUAGUGUUUCGUCGAUCUCUUCGAUCCUGAAUCAGAGUGCUGACGACAGCGACUCUGGCUUUCACGGCUUCCAGUCGCGCGACGAUCCCAGCCAUGCCUCCAAUAACAACUCCAGUCCGAACAGCGCGAACACUGCCUCUUUCCCGAACCUCAGCGGUAGCAACAGCAACGGCAAUUCUGCUAACAACAAUCACGCGAGCGAUUCGGGUCAUCCAAUGAUGAACGGUUGGGUGCAACAAUCACCGCAAUACGGUCAGCCCGGUACCUCUCAGCCGCAGCAGCAGCAAUACGGGCAUUUGCUGCCGUCGCAGCAAUUACAGCCGGGCCACUCGCAUCAACAUCAGGCGUUGCUUCAUCAUCACUUGCCGCAUCAGAACGUACUUCCGACCCAUCAGUCAUCGCAUCCGCAUAAGCAUGUGAUCCAACAAUCGCCACAGCAGCAACAACAGCAACCUCAGCAGAUGUCACACUCUGGUUCGAGCGGCGUUCAAACGAUACAGCCUAUGCCUCGAACGAAAUUUGGACAGCCGAUUUACGCGAACGCACCGCCGAAGCCUAGAAGACUGACGGAUGGCUCCAACGAGUAUUCGACGCCGUCGCCGGAUACGGAUUAUCGAAAGAGCCCGGUCUCACCGGAUGUCACGGUUACGAGCAAAAGUUCGAUGUCUGAUUACGAAAGGAACAACACGAUCUACGGCACGCGGAUGAGUCAGCCGUCACAACAGAGUCUGCGAAUCGACAAAUCAGGCCUACAUUAUGGCUACGGUCAGACCACCCAAUCGACGGAGAGAAGAACUCCUGACACGUACGGUCGCAGUGCGAAACCGAGAAGCAGCAGCCGAGGCAACGGCGAUUACGAGGAGGUCUAUGGCACUCCACAGCUUUAUCAGAGACCCGCGGGACCGGUGGGUUACACUAAGGGCGCAUCGCCGGCACCCAUUCCCAUCCCCGUGUACGCGCAACAACAGCAUCUGCAGCAACUGCAUUCCCCCGUCAUCACGCCGCCGAACAUGGCAAUGGUAAGGCAAUCUAGGACUCAACCACCGCCGCGACCGCAUAGCGCAGACUUCCUCGAGUAUGAAGCAGCAAGACGUCCCCAGCAGCAACCCAUGCAAUGCGAAAGACCCCCGGAUCAACAAAGACGUCCGCAGAGGCCUAAAUCCAGCUUAGAUAUAAUGAACCCGUCAGACACGACCAAUGACGGUUACUUCUAUUCCGAAGAAAGAUACGCGGCGCAGAUGCGGCAGUCCGCGGUGUAUUUGCAUCAGACCCCUCAACACUAUCAGCAGCAGAGGAAUCAGUCCCUCUCGCGCGUCACAGUGCAACCGAAGCUGCCGGGUAUCCGUGAUAAAACCGAUGAAAAUAGAAUAUCCACAUUGCCGGAUUCUACUUGCCCCGCUAUGAGACGUACACAGCGGGAUCACGUACAUCAGCAGCACACGAUACCCGCUCAGCCGCUGACGCAGAGACAUUCCGAGAUAAUGGGCGCCGAUCCGAAACUUCGAAGAUCUUUGCGCGAGAAAAGCUGCGAGGCGAAUGGCCGAGAAACGCUGACACACGGCGAAGACAACACGAUCCCUCGUAGAAUACCGCGCGGCGAGUACGACGGGUGGGGAAGAGUAGCGGGUCACGCUGCCCACGGGACCCACAUCGCUCAGACGUGUCACGCCGGUCACGCAGGUGCCAGCAGACGAUGGAGCGAACAGCAGCAGUUCUGCAGAUCGGCAUCGGCGCGACUGCCAAGGACACGCCAUCCUACCGCCCUUGAUCCCGACGACGACGACUACGCCGAGAGAUCCUCCGAACAGGACUCGCGAGAUGGUGAACGCAAGAUUCAGCAGCGCGAAGAAUCGAUGAAGCGGCUGCUAGAAUGGAAGCAGCGAAUGCUGCAAUCUCCGUUGACACGAAAGCCAUCCGGUUCGGCCAAUAGGGGCAGGGCGCAAAAUGAUCUUUCGAGUUACUACAAGCAACAGGCUCUGCUGGAUUUGGCAGCGCACGAGGCCGCCGUAGCGGAGGGACGUCACUCCCGGAGACGGGAGGACGGGCACCGUUCGCAUGUCAGGAGCAAGAGCUCGGACGGUCGUCGGACCGCCGUCAACGUGCCACGCUACAACAGCUAUUCCAGCGAUGACGAAGAGCUGGGAGAUGUCCGGAGGAAGCGCUCGCGCAGACCCUCGCAUGCAGGAAGGAGCCCCCGGCACGCCGGCGACGAUCGGUCAUCGACGACGACAACGUCCGUCGUCCAGGACGUCACGAUACCCGGGAGCGGCCGCACGGGCGUUAAUCAGACCCCGCAGUCGCAAAUCCUUAACACUCGUAAAGCGAACCCGGGGAGCACACUCUCCUCUCUGGGUGGUAUACCACCUGACGCUGGUUACGACGAGGUCAGCUUUCCACCGAUGAUGAGAAACGAUUAUGCAUACGCAUCGUCCUCAGCGGACAGGCAAUCGUUAUCUAGAAGAUCAGAUCCCGAGACCGCCUUCGAGGACUCUACGAGACACAAGACUCCAAAGAAACCGCUGGGAAUUCUGAAGACGUCGACCGCUUACGGUUUCGAUCAGCAAAAAUAUGACGGACAACAAACAGACAUGAUCGAGAGUAAUAGAUCCGACAAUUUGUGUGGUUAUCGAACUAACGAGUCCUGGCACGUUCAAAAGAACGUACAGUGGGAUUCCAAGGACGAUAAUGAUGAAUGGGACCCCGGCAUCGACGAGAGCAAAGUUAUAAAGGAAUUUUCUUAUCAGUAUAUUAACCCUAAGAAAGUACCGGUGCCAUCGAAAAUUGAAGAUGAGAACGAGAAAUUCGAGACUAUGAAUCUGGUCCAGUGUAGAAUUAGGUCUUUCGAGAUGAAUAUGGAUAGCGCGAGUCCAGUCAAGGAAGUAUUGACUAUGCAGGAGCCGUUGAAAGUAUCGCCACUGCAGGCGACUGAAGCUCACGUUUCAAAGCUUGACUGCGCGAACAAAACCUCGUCUGUCAUACGCAGUUUCGCUCUAGGUGAUACAAAUGCCGCGGAGAAUGCUUCCAAGCACAAAAGCGUAGAAGAGGGACACGCUAAGCAAGCUUCAACUGACAGUAACAAGUCAGUCAAAGAUCUUCUGGCGGACUUUGAACGAAAAUCACAGCAGGCUGCUAAUCGGCAGAAAUCCGAGAAGCGACAAGAAUCUAAGCAUCGCGGAGAUUACGGUGAUAAUGAAACGUUACAAUUUGAUAUCGGAAGUAAUUUGGAUCAGCGAAAUAGUAGAGAUGAUGAAAAAGAAAAAUUUGUUGAGAAGAACGAAGAUAUUACGCAACAACAAUGCGUGCCAUCGACUGAUUUAAAUGUUAUUCCGAGUUUUAACUGUGCAAGAACAAGUAUGACCGAAUCUUUAUUAACGCACAGCGACCAAUUCUCUACUGAUAACGAUAUCAUUUCGAAGCAGGACGAUAUUAAUAGCGAGGAUCACUAUCUUCCCAUGUCUCCUAGAAAGGCUAUAUUGGAUCCUAACAGUGAUGACAGACCACAUCCUAAGAUGAUGGAGAGUCUAUUUGCCGACGAGGAAAGCUCAUACGUGGAGAUGGCACAGAACGGAAUGACUCGCUCUCUUUUGGCACCGAACGAAGAUGGCAGAAAGCAUGAUUCAGGCGAUUAUUCCACGUUGGACCCGUCAUCUCACUACGAAUUUGUCUGCGUGCGAGAUAAUAAAAUGGAACCGGUAUAUAUGGAAGUGAAUCAAUUGUCCGAGAAAGAGGACGAAGAUGACAGUAAAGCAUCUUCGAUGAAAAAGAGCAAUGUUAGUGAGAAUUCGCCGCAUUCUAGAAGCGAUCUGCCUGACAUCUUGACAGCACUCAAAUCCGACAGUUCUGACGCCGAUGACGAAUCGUCCAAGGACCUAGAAUCCAUAGACGCACCACGGCAUCCGCGAUUCAGUUUGUCUGACACUUUCCGACCGGCUUCAUAUUAUCUCGGUGCUAGCCGCAACAUGAUGGCAGAAUUACACGACUCGUCGGACAGUGAGCUGGUAUCCCCGCCACCGAUACCGACCUCUCCACCACCGUUAGAUGAUUUAGAAUCAUUGGAUAUGCAGGAAUCGUUAGAAAUAAAGAAGGUCUCGCCACAAGUGGCUACGAUGAAGGAUAAUACAUCGAACCGCGACUCUCCAAAAUCUUGGAACAAAUCAAUAGGACAGAUGGAGACGCACAGGCCACCGUCAAGGUUCUCCGAUGCGACCAUCAGCUCCACUUUUAGAGACAGCAGGAUAUCGUUAGAGAGCGCGUCGGGAAGCGAUUCGAUCGAGCUUAGAAAUCCGGAAGAGGAAGCACGGCAUAGGCAAUUGAAGAGAAGACCGGUCAGCGAUGACGUUUGCGAAGUUCUAGAUAGUCUGGAUGAAUUAGAAUCGUUGGGAAGUCGCUUCGACGGCGCGAGCAUUGACCUCGAUCAAUACUUGGAGGAAUUGCAGGCUAGAGAUGCGUUCAACGUAGAUCUUUACGCGAAGGAUCCGAGUUACAACAGCAUCUAUGGAUUCAACGAGAAUAUGCUGGUGGUCGAUAAACUGCAGAAAACCACGUGCCAGGAUCUGUCGAGGAAGAUGAAAUUAAUGUCCAGCAAUCUCGAUCGGCCUUUCGAUUAUUCCGGUAAAAACAAGACUGGCUCGGCAAGCAGCUUGCCGUCUAUGAGAGUAUCCGAUUUACCGCCGACCCACCAACACUCACAGUCCUUCACUGGUGACGCACAUUACGAGAACGUCGCGAGUUUCUCACCGCUUCGCGAUUCGCCGGCGAUUCGAUCCGACAGCGAGCCACCGCGCGAUAGCGUUCACAGGAUGCAGAGCACGUCUCAGAGCAUUAGCGUGCUGCCAAUCUCACACAGCAGGGAUUCCAGUUACUCAAAUGCAUCGGCCGCGGCGUCCAUCUCGACAUCCAUGGCUUGCCAGAGACCCGCGAGCGCGCAAUCCUUGAUGCACUCCCCUAUCAGCGCGUCCAUGUCCUCGGUGAAUCACGGCAGCACGCUGACGAGUAUGCUGCAGAACGUCAACGCGUAUUCCGAGCAAAGGUUCCCGAAUCACUCAAGGUCCGCCAGUCACGACGCAUGUGUGCGACAUGUGCUGCCGAAUCAUCGAUCGACUUCCAGCCAGGAUUCAAGUCAUUAUCCGAAUCCGAUGUCGAUGCAAACCAUCAACUCUGUUCUGCAGCAAUCGUAUUUACCAAACGUCGGCGAACAGCAGCGUGCCCAAAACGAUCAAUCGGGAGCACCCUAUUACUAUUCAGACCUCCAGGCAAGUGUCAACAGCGUGGACAUGGAGCUGACCAAACCGAUGAUCGGCUAUACCUCGCGAUUGCCUCAACUAAACAAUCAGAGGGAUGACGCAGCAAUCGGCUUGAACAAGCGGAAUGAUAUCGGUCGUAUAGUGAAUCCGAUCGCGCGGCAAAUGCCGCGGCAGAUUCAAGUAGAUGACAUAGACGAGGCUAGACGUAUCGCCGCGGAAUUGAGGCGGACGACCUGUCAACUGCUAGGCGACAAUAAGGCCGCUCUCGUAGAUAAGAGGAAUUUCUACGAAGCUGACACGCUACGCCGGGUAAAGUCCACUGAUCCACUGCCAGAUGUAUCUCUGCCCGAGGCUAGAAACUUAUAUCCCCACGGUCUUAGAGAUAAGUCCGUUAAUCCAGGGAACGUCGAUAACACGGAACCGACGCACGUCACACAAGCGUCUCAUCGUCGGUCAAGAUCUCUGGAGGGAUUACUCGACGACGUCGGCCUGCAAAAUUUAGUGGAGCAGCGAAACCGAGCUAACCGUGCAGCAGCAGUAGCAACGACGGCGACAGCAGUCACUUCAACAUCUCCGACCAGUCACGUCGAGACAAUGUCGCAAAAUUUACCAUCAUCUGACAAUCAUAAUGCCACGCUGACUGAUAGCAGUUUCAAUUCCGAGGAUCCCUGGGAGCAAGAUAGCCUUUGGUGCGAGAACCUGAGAAGAGUGAGCCUGCGAAACGCCAGAUCGUUGGAUAAUCUAGACAAUCCGCCGAGACCUGGAAGAUCUGGUGAUGCGAAGUCACGUGGCAAGAUCACUCGAGGAGCGACCUACGUAAACGACAGUGUUGUUUUACACAGGGACAAUUGCGCAGAAGAAUCUUCGUGUGGUGAGCGACUUCGAGUCAAACGCAGAACGAACAAGGAUCAUCACACGCGAGAACAAUCGAUCGAGGAUGAUGACGACGUCACUUACGAGACUUUGUCGAUGGAAAUGAUCGGUACGGGCGGUUACGUGUGGGAUCCACAAAGCAAUACGUAUCACAAGCCUACCGUUUCGGACAGGAAUCAUUUUUUAGAGGACGGCAACCUUCCCCCGGCUCGCUCGAUCCCGGACGCUCGUAUGUCCGCGACGUCGUUCGAGCUCGACCGAGAGAAGCUCCGCCAAUGGGAUUUGUUGUCGAGCGCCUGCUUACUCCAGGAGCAGCAGCGCACCUCGAUGGCGGACUCGGGGCGAGGGUUGCCGGUCGUGGAACAACCUGGAGACGCUCACGAUUCACGACUCGCCGUCGUCGUCACGGCGGUGACCACGACGAUGACGACAACGAACGCAACGACGACGGCAAUGAUGAUAGCGACGCCGACGACGACGACGACCAUGACGACGACGACGGCGAUCAACAACGAGCAAGUAGACGUUAUCGUAAAACCAAUCGAUAUCACGGAUGUACGCGACGCCUUGCCGAUGAAGAUGCCGCUUAAGAGACAGGAACCGAGGCAGGAGCCGUGUAAACGGGCUGCAGCGUCCGGCUCGGGAUCCGUGAUAGGCAGAGACCCGCUUCCGCCGAGAGCCGUCAGCACGUCUCAUCUGCCUCAAAGAACGCUGACUCAACCGCCGACGGUGGUGUCCACUCUUCCGCUACCGAGAAACAGUACCGGCAGCAACCAUCGACAGCAACCGCUUCCGCUCCAUCACUCGACUCCGCAGCAGCAGCAACAGCAAUCGCCUAUGAGGCAGCUGGAGAACGAAUCCACUGUCCAUAUGCUGAGAGCCGCCAGCAACGGCGACAUCGGCAAAUGCCCGGGCAUGGUUAUAGGUAAUGACAUGAGGGACCUGAGGUUAGCAUCGCCGAGCGGUCAUUCCACUCAGCGAUUGAUCAGCCCGAUCGGACACUUGCGGGUCACUUCGUUAAACGACCAUCGUGUUUCCAGUCCCAGCGACAGCGAGAUACGCGUGCACAGUCCAAGUGAGAGAAAAAUGAUCAGCCCGAUCGGCAGGGAGGUCGACCGCGGCGGGGGCACGAUGACAGGUCCAAGACAAGGCCAGCAGCGAUCACGUGCGGAUUGCAGCGAGCUGCUGCAUAAAAGGAGUAACAUCAGCUCCCUGAGAGCGGAUGCCAGCGGCAGGCUGGUGACGCAGGCUGGCGCAUCCGGGCUGGUACGCGUUUCCGCCGGCGAGCUCCUCGGCAGGACCCACGAGGAACUGGUGCUGCUGCUGAUCCAGCUGCGACGUCAGAACGCGACGGUCCUCAAGGCGAUGGAGACGUGCCACAUGGAGAUCGAGGCACAGGCUAGACUGGCGGAUCUCGACACGCCGAGACGGCUAGAAAAUCUUCAAAAACUCGAGGAACUCAAGAGGCACCUGAUGGAUCUCGAGAAGCAGUACGAGAAGAGCAAGCCUCUCGUGAACCUCGUGGACAAUAUGGUGAAGCUGGGCUCUUUGUAUAAUCGUAACACUGCCAACGGGACCAGCAGUGUUUCCGGUUCUCGACACGAUCUGCACGAGAACGCGAGGGAUCACCGCGACCGUCUGGAAUUUAACCAAAGGAUACAGGAACAGCGACUGUUGGCCGAGGAGCGCAGAGAUUGGGACAGAUUGAGUCCCGAUCAUGGACAGUUGCAGGCCAAAGUGCAGCAGCUUUACAAACUCGAUCGACUGCUUCAGGAGGAAUCUGGCACACUGCAUAGUCUUCAGCAAGAUAAGGAAAUACUCGAGAAAGCUUUGGGCGGGUUGCGCCACAAACUGCAAGGUAGCAGAAGCAAUUUGGCCGAAACGGAGCGAUAUCGGAAGCAGCAACUCCUGCUGGAACGCGAACUGAGCAGAGUGAGGAUACUGCUCGCCCAUAACUCGAAGGUAAAACCGGUAUUUUUCCAGAAACUUGAGGAAACGGUCGCCGAGAACGCGAGGUUGGAGCAAGAUUUGGUGGUGUUGAGGCAAAAGGUGCAAGCAUCCAGAAGAUACGCCGGUAACGUCGCGAGGGACACUUCGAGCACGACUGCACCGCUGGAAGCGGAAUUACGACGAGUGCAACAACUCGUCGGUGAUCUACAGAGACAGAGGAAGGAACUGAGCAUUCAAGUUCGCCAGCUGACAGAGAAAUCUCAUAGUUUGGUGCAGCAAAUUCACCCGCAACCACCGCACGCUCCUCAAGUGCAUCAUUCGAAGAAACGUACGCAAAAUUCUUGGUUGGAGACUGAUUUAGAUUCCGGAAUAACUCUGGACCAUGGUUUGGAUUCGCCGUCGAGUCCGUCUUUAUCUAUCUCACCACCAAACAAACAAAACGAUAACUCCCACCAACGAUACGGCUCUCCUACCCAAUACAAGGAUUUAUCCCCAUUGAAUCGCCCGCAUAAUCAGCAAUCGUUCGUGCAAUCCUCACAAAAUCACAUAUCGACGCUCUCGCCGCAGUUGCGCGAACAGAUUCAACAACACCAAUUAAAGCAGCAAUUAUUGAAAGAUCAAAUGCAGGGCAAGGGUAACGCGAUUCAAGUGGUACCCCUAUACGUUAAUACGGAUUCGAGAGUGGCAGGUAAUAUUCUUCAUAACGGAAACGUAAUGAAUGGCACGUUAAAUCCCGCUCCGGAAUAUAUCCCGCCACCGCCGCCCCCUUUGAGCGAGGAAGCUUUGUUAUUGAAUGAUAAUUAUAGACAAAAUGAGGACAACAAAUUUGCUGGAUUAAUGCACAAUCGCGAGAAGCAAGAGAUUAAGACAGUGCGCAUAGUGAAACGCGAAUCGGAAAGGCGACAAAGAGACCGCGGCGACAGAAUCGGCAAUCUCGGAAUUCCUCUGACGAACGGUCUCCAGGCACCAGGCGGCGCGAAGAGAUUGUCCGACGAUGAUUUCGGAGGCUCCCAAAAAUUCGAAAAGGCUCAGCUUGGCAGAGUAGUGGAGGAAUCACCGAUUGUUCACGCACAGAGCACGGUUCAACUGUCCGAGCUGGACGAUGUUCAAUUCCAAAGAAGUAUGUCCCUGCCACGUGGUUUUGGCGGACAAAAACAGCAGACUGGAAUACACUACGGACCCGUGAUACCUCCACCGCGAAGCGACAGUAUGCACGCCCUGAAGAGCAUGAUGGCACGUCGGCAUAAAAUUAGGUUCGAAAGUCACGACGGCAGCUCCGAUAGCACUCUGUCACCGUACACGGAUAGCCCAACGUCCAGCUCCCAUAUGCCGAUGAGCUCUCCCAACUACUCAACCGCCUCGUCAUACAGCCCAUGCCAGAGCCAGAAUUAUCCGUCGCAAGCGACGAUGGUCGCCGCGCAGUCUCACUAUAACAACUACUCGCUCGGACCGUACAGGCAAUACGAGAAAAUCGGCACUCUCGCGGGUGCCAUGAGCCCCGAAUUAACAUCGCCGACUAACGUCGGCGUUCACGAGAGACCGACUACCGCAACGACGGCGAACACAAACCAGUCCGAGUCGCCGCAAUUGUCGCCGGUGUUCAAGAGCGAGGCUGCCAAACAGAUUAUCAAAGAGAUGACGGAGAAGAGGGUGGAGGGACCGAGACGAAGGCAGAUUCCUCGAGAGAAAAGACGGCACUACACUGUGUCUAGUAGCAAACCGGUGCUCGAUCUAGAGGAUACUUUCUCGAAGAUGGGCAUGGGUAGAGCCAGGGACGAUUUGGACAUGGAGAGAGCGCUCAGGCCCAGGAUAAACGCCCCUGACGUGGUGCGAUCGACGUUAAGUCAGAAGGAGUUGAAGUAUAACGAGAGUACUAUAGACCAGCUGUUAGGCACGCCUAAUAAAAUCGUUAUUCCCGAGAGAUAUAUUCCUGAACAGACGCCGGAACUGACAGCUGAAGAACAAGAGCAACGCUUGAAGAAGGCGGAAGCAAUUAGGAAAAUGCUUUCAGAAACAACCGUAACUGCACCGGAAGGAGGUGACGAUGAUUCUAACGUAGAAAAAUCGGACACCUUGAAGCGUAAAGUAGUGGAAGAAAAACGGCAAAGGGAACACAUUCUCCAACUUAAUCAGAUACUGGCGAAGCAAGUGAUGGAGAAAAGUAAAAUGGUGGCGGUGAAAGCUCUAGCAACGCUUCCUCUGAAAACUGAAUCAAGCUUAGACGAUGAGGAUCUCUCGCCAGUGGCUCCUUUACCGCUUUAUCAGCAAAGAGAAAACUUCUAUUCCUAAGCAUCGCUCCAAGAAUACAAACAAAAGCACAAAACUACUGCCAAUACAAAGAACAAGAAAGAAAAUAAACAGAGGGAGGAACUUUUUCUCCAAACGACUAGUUAAGAAAACGUGUGGAAGUUCGUGCAACAUACGGAGAAAGUGCUUUUUUUUUGCGCACUGAUUGUAUUGUACAUAAUGAUCGACUAAAUAAUACGGUAAUAUAAGUAGUUGUCAUUAUUUGUUAUGUAUGAUAAGAGCUCGUAACGUACAAAUACACACGAAGAAGCGUGUACGAGGAAAGCGCAGAUAUCGGCAACUGCGAUAGAAAGGACUGUCAAUGCAUUAUCAAAACGGAGCUCAUCCCUUUUUAAGCACUAAAUCGAACGACAUCGCGACUUAUUGUCAUUUUUUACUGAUUCAGGCGCUCGGCCAUUAAAUAAAAAAUCCUGGCAGACGCCAGACCUUAUCCGCGCGACGAAUCUAAUAUUCCGGGCGAUAUAUUCCGGCUUUGGAGAAACCUUUUACCGCGUCUCUUCGCAGAUCGAAAGUUCUUUUUCGAAAGUUUUCAAAUCGUAUCACGUAUUUGUAAGUACAAGAGACUGUAAAACCCACUCGACUGAGAAUCUGGUUUGGAUAUAUCGUUAUGUCCUUUCCCGUUUUACGUACAAUCAUUUUCACGAGGCAAACUUUUAUAUGUAUAACGUCGACAAACGAGACUUGCGUAUCCUCGCCGAAGUGUCUGUGAGCGAGGUGAUAUACCAUUAGAUUUAACGGCGUGACAAGACUCUUCAUUUUAGCGGCGACAAACAAAAGCAUGCGAUUGUAACGCAUGCAAUGCGACGACAUUGGAAUGGAAUGGGCUUUCUACAAUAAAAGUCGUUAUCUAAUUAUAAACUUAAGAGCUAAGGAAAUCAACGUGUUGGAUUGCUUACGUUACGAUUUUACGGACUCUGCUGUAAUUGGCUGUAAUUAAACCGUAAGAAACUGAGCAAUCGCAAUUGAAUGAGAGGAAAACAAUUGAUUGACCAUAAUUGGUAAAUUUCUUAUGAUUUAAAACUCGAAGAUCAGAUAAUGAUUUAUUACAAGGCUCAUAAAA